GUGUCUGCUCCUGCUGAUGAGAUGAGCUGGUUGUGGUGACGGCUCCUCCUUCCGGCUGUGGGUCGACGCUGGCUGCCGUCCUCUCGCUCGCUCUCGCAACCUUUGCGCGGACGGCGCUAAAGCCGCAGCAGCAGUGGCUAUCUCAUCGUGGCGCGGCCCACCUCCCCUCUGCUGCUACGAGCGAGACGACGGCAACGACGACGAACUGAGUUUUCUUCAGUCACAACAACCACGCCACUUGGGCCGCGAUAGGCGGCGGGGACGCUAAACAGCUGCCAUCAGUUGGCAGACCUAACCAGCAUGAGCGAGAACGGGGGGAGCCCGGCGGGAGAGGUGGUUGCGGCUGCUUCCGACACGGGGAAUGAGGGGCAACCAACAACGGAUGGCGGCAGGGUCCUAUUGCGCAAGAGCUGCGAUCUCUGCGUGCGGCUGAAGCGCGCGUGCGACGGUCAAAGCCCGUGCCAACUUUGUCUUCGACGCCGCGAGACGUGCACACGGAGCGUGAAGCGGAAAAGCGGCCCCGCGAAGGGCACCAAGUACACCACCCGGCGCGUUCGGAUGGAAGCCGGCAUCGCGGAGCCUGCGAGCAGCAGCAGCAAGAGCAGCAAGGCGAAAACGCCGCGCGCUGGUCAGGCCAGGGGGGGGGGAGGGCGUGGCGGCGGCAGCGGCCCCGCAGGAGGGAAAGGGGGAGGGGGGCGCGGGAGCGGGAGCGGGAGCGGGAGCGGGGGGCGGACGACGAAAAAGGGCUCAUCGCGGAAAGGUAACGCCAACCCGGCCGCCGGGUUGGUGUCUUCAACCGCGAUGGUGUCCGUCAAGCUGCCUCCGCCCACGGCAGGCCAGGAGCAGGAGCAGGAGCAGGAGGAGGGCGCGUCGGCUGUGGCGGCAGCAUCCGCUGUUCCCGCGGGUGUCGGCAGUGCCGGUACCGGGGGAAGGGGUAGAGGAAAGGGGAGGGGAAAGGCGGGGUCCCCGGCGGGUGUCGCCGGCGGUGGGGGUGGGGGAGGGCGGGCUCUUGUGGGGCAUGGCGGCGGCGCGGGCGGCGACAUGCAAGUCAACGCUGGGGUGCCGCCGUCUCCCACCACCGCCCACCACCGUCACCAUCACCAGGGCGGUGGCGGCGGUGGCGGCGGCGGCGGCGGCGGCGGCGCUCCUCUUCUCCCUCCCGCCGCCGGCGACGGGAAGAUCUUGCCCUUCCCGCCGCCACCUCCGGCGGGCAGCAAAGGAGAAGACGAACAACGAGAAGAAGGGAGCAGGAGCGAUGCUUACAACGGCAACGCCGACACCGUAGGCACCGGCGGCGCCGGCGGCGCCGGCGCCGGGGGCAUGCACCACCAGAGCAGCCGCCACCAUCACCACCAUCGCCAGGGGAGUGUGGACGUGGUAGUCCCGCGGCGGUCGCUGUCGCCGCUCUCCCUGCCGACGCUGCCCUGGCCGUCCCCGGUCAUGGGCGGCGGACCGGGCCCAGAUAAUUACCACCACCCCCACGGCGGCGGCGGGCGCAGCGGUGCGGCGCGGUCCACCAGCCCGUUCGGCCUCCUUUCGGGCCCUCCCCCGCCGGUCCUAGGGGAAGGGGCCGGCGGCACCAUCCCGCGGAGGGGGGGCACGCGCGAGCCGCCCGUGGAGGCCGGCGGCGCCGGGCCGGGACACCUGCUGCCCGGACAUCACCACCUGAUGCAGCCGCCCCCGGUAGGGGUCGGGGGGGGGCACCACCAUCAUGGAGUAUUGCCCGGAGGGCAUCACCACCACGGAGGGCACUUUCGAGGCCCUCCGGGGGGGGGCGGCGGCGGCGGGCAGCCGCCACCGCCGAAGCGCUAUCGGAUGGUGAGAGGACGGGGGACGGGAUUUAGGCUGGGGCUGGGGGGGCGGGGGUAUGAGUGA